AUGUUCUCUUUUCGAGCACCAAAAGCUAAUGAAGAACACGCGCACAGACAUGUCGCCUUGGACAACAGGAAAUGCUCUCAUGCGGAACUGAUCUCAAUGGGCGGACGUCUACUGCAAUGGUUCAGCGACAUGCACCGAAUUCACAGCGGACGUGAGAAGGAACUACCAGAAGGAAACAUGGAUGGAGCCAUUUGA